AUGCGCAUAUCAUUACCCCUCCUCAGCUCAUACAGCUGGCUCAACAGCCUCAAGGCAUCCCAACUGCAGCGCAUCGCCCAAGCAACGGGGAUCCAGUCCUCAGGGACAAAGGCAUGUCUCAUCGCCCGGUUGAAGGAGGAACUGCCGCAGCGAGAACCCGAGAACCGAAUGAGGGCAUGCACAAGCACAAGCACAAGCACAAGCACUAUGAGUAUCCUGAGCAUCGACAUGGGGAUUCAGAACCUCGCAUACGCGCAUCUCCUUGUCCCGCGCGACAGCAGUAGCCAUAGCGGCACUGCUACCGCUCCGGCAGUUGUGAAGCUGAACGCAUGGCGCCGGCUGGCUGUUUCCGACAUAUUACUUGAGCCAGACCCUGACGCUCGUUCUUCCCCUCCAGGGAAGACCAAAGAGGGACGUACGGCGAAGCACCAAGGGAAAGUGAAAGAGAAAGAGAAAGAGAAACACACGUUUUCUCCGGCCGAGUAUGCGCGCACGGCGUACGCGCUCGUCACGGGCUUGCUGCACGCGUACCGGCCCAGCCAUGUGCUUAUUGAGCGGCAGCGGUUUCGCUCGGGCGGGGCCAGCGCGGUGCAGGAGUGGACGCUGCGGGUGGGUGUGUUUGAGGGGAUGUUGUAUGCGGUUUUGCAUGCGCUGGGGUGUGAGCGGCGGCGGGCAGGAGGUGGAGGAGCGGGGAUGCGGCCGGUGGUGCUGGGUGUUGAGCCUAGGCGGGUGGGGGCGUAUUGGGAGGGUCGGUUGGGGGUGGGCGCGGACGGACCGAAGAAGACGAAGAAGGCUUCGGCUAGGGAAGGGAAGAAGGUCAAGAUUAAUCUGGCGGGGGAGUGGCUGCGUGCUGGGAUGGUAGGCGUGGAGGCGGGCUCGGGCUCGGGCUUGCCGUUUGGUUUGUCUGUCGCGGAUGACCCUGAGCUUCGGGCCCUGGUCGAUGCGUAUCUGCGGCGGUGGGCGGGCAAAUCGAAUCCUGGGACGUCGGUGUCGAGGCCUAAGGCCGAAGGGCAAGUUGCAGCAGAGGAUGACGGAACUGUGGUUGAACCCCCGGACGUACGCAAGAUGGAUGACCUGGCGGAUUGUCUGGUUCAGGGUGUGACUUGGUUGGAAUGGCAGGCUAUGAAGCAGCGGGUUGCGACAGAGGGGCUGGAUGCCGUCUUGCAGCUGGAGAGCGGGAAGCUUUGA